AUGCCACCUGGCUUCUUGCACUGUGGUCCUUUCUUCGCUGCGCUCUUUCCGAUCCGGGCUUCGUCCCCUCAUGGUGGUUGGAUCAACAAGAGCGCUGUCCGGAGGCCACCGGCAACUCCUUCUUCGGGUGGCAGCCAGGGAAGCCAACGGCGUGCCACAAGUGCAACGAGCGUCGGCCAGAGAGAGCACACCACUGCAGCAUCUGUGGCAAGUGCGUGA